AUGGCGUGCAGGGGCUUCUUCGAGUGCGUCCUCAAGCUGCUCAACCUCGUCCUCAUGGCUGUCGGGCUGGCCAUGGCGGGCUACGGCGCCUACCUGCUCGUGCUCUGGCUCCAGCUGCUGCCUCCGUCGCCGCCGGCGCCGCCUCCAAGCGGCGACCUAGUGCACCUUGGCCGGCCGAUGCUUCUUCUUAUUGACGUGUCUAUCUCAGAUGGGACCUCGGAGAAGCUCAUCAGCGCAUGGUUUAUUUUUGCAUUUAUAGGCGUCGGUGUUAUACUUUUCAUUACCUCCAUCUUCGGUUGUGCUGGAGCGUCAGCUAGGAGUGGAUGCUGCUUAUCCACUUAUUCAUUCCUCAUCAUUUUGUUCAUACUAGUAGAGCUUGCUGCAGGAUGCUUCAUUUUCUUCGACCAUAGCUGGAAAGAUGUAAUUCCAGUUGAUAAAACUGGUAACUUCGACAUGAUCUACAGUUUCCUGAAAGAAAAUUGGAGAACCGCAAAAUGGGUCGCACUUGGAGCUGUUGUGUUUGAGGCACUGUUGUUCACUGUAGCCCUCAUAGUGCAGUCAGGCAAUCAAGAUGAUUAUGACAGUGAUGAUGAGUGCAUUGGCCCGAGGUCCGGAGUCCGUCAGCCAUUGGUGAAUAAGCAAACUGCUACCGAUCCCAGGGUGCCCAAUCUUGACUACCGUCCAAUCAGGAACGAUGCAUGGAGCCAAAGAAUGAGAGACAAGUAUGGGGUGGAUUCCUUUGAUCCAAACAGGUUUCAACAGGCCACGAUAUCUCCCGCAGAACAAAGAAGCAGAUGCACAAUCCUCUGA